AUGUGGUGUCUAGGUCAGGAGCCCAGUGACAAAGCUCACACAGGGUGGGUUGACUCCUAUGAUGUGACUGUGGAAGAAGACCUUGGAGAAAUUCAGCUAAUAAAAAUUGAGAAGCGAAAAUAUUGGUACCAGGAUGACUGGUACCUGAAGUAUAUCACUGUAAAAACACCAAUGGGUGACUAUUUGGAGUUCCCAUGUUACCGUUGGAUUACAGAUGAAAAAGAGAUUGUCCUUCGAGAUGGAAGAGCAAAGCUCCCCAGGGAUGACAAGACCCAGAUUCUCAAGCAGCACAGACGCAAAGAGCUUGAGACACGUCAGAAAAUGUACCGCUGGAAGGAGUGGCAUCCUGGCUUUCCCCUGAGCAUCGAUGCCCAUUCUCACAGUGAUCUGCCUCGUGACAUCCAGUUUGACAAUGAGAAAGGAAUUGACUUCAUUCUGAAUUACUCUAAAGCGAUGGAGAAUCUUUAUAUCAACCGUUUCAUGCAUAUGUUCCAGUCUUCAUGGAAUGAUUUUGCAGAUUUUGAGAGGAUCUUUGUCAGAAUCAGCAACACAAUCUCUGAAUACGUGAUGCAGCACUGGAAGGAAGAUUUUAUGUUUGGCUACCAGUUCCUGAAUGGAUGCAAUCCUGUACUGAUCCAGAGAUGCACAGAGAUACCCAAGAAGUUGCCUGUGACUAUGGAAAUGGUAGAGUGCAGUCUGGAGAGGAACUUGACCCUGGAGGAGGAAGUGGAGCAAGGAAACAUUUUCAUUGUGGACUACGAGCUGCUGGAUGGUGUGGAUGCCAAUAAAACAGACCCAUGCACUAUACAGUACUUGGCUGCACCCAUCUGUCUGCUGUAUAAGAAUCUGGAGAAUAAGAUUGUACCCAUUGCAAUCCAGCUUGGUCAAAAGCCUGGGCCAGACAAUCCCAUAUUCCUUCCUUCAGAUGCCACAUAUGACUGGCUGCUAGCUAAAAUCUGGGUUCGCUCAUCUGAUUUCCAUAUCCACCAGACAGUUACCCAUCUCUUACGGACACACUUAGUCUCAGAGGUGUUCAGCAUAGCUAUGUUCCGUCAGCUGCCUGCUGUACAUCCCCUUUUCAAGCUCUUGGUGCCACAUAUGCGGUUCACAAUAGCCAUCAAUACCAAAGCCCGAGAACAGCUUAUCUGUGAAUGUGGCCUUUUUGAUAAGGCAAAUGCUACAGGCGGAGGAGGACAUGUACAAAUGGUACAGAAAGCAAUGAAGGAUCUGACUUAUAGCUCCCUCUGCUUCCCUGAGGAGAUCAAAGCUAAAGGGAUGGACAGCAAAGAGGAUAUCCCCUACUACUAUUACCGGGAUGACGGCAUUAAAGUCUGGGAGGCUAUAAAGAGGUUUGCAGAGGAUGUGAUUCACCUCUACUAUGAGAGCGACGAGGUGGUGUGUGAGGAUGUGGAGCUGCAGGCCUUCGUCAAAGACAUUUACGUCUAUGGAAUGAGGGGUGUGAAGGCCUCAGGGUUUCCUAAGACGAUCAGGACACGAGAGAAGCUAGCAGAAUAUCUCACGGUAGUAAUAUUCACCACAUCAGCCCAGCAUGCAGCUGUGAAUUUUGGUCAGUAUGACUGGUGUUCCUGGAUUCCCAAUGCCCCACCAACAAUGCGCUGCCCUCCUCCAACAGAAAAGGGAACAGUCACCAUCGAACAAAUUGUGGAGAGUCUGCCAGACAGAGGACGUUCUUGUUGGCAUCUUGGAGCUGUCUGGGCCUUGAGCCAGUUCCAGGACAAUGAACUGUUUCUGGGCACAUACCCAGAUGAACACUUCGUGGAGAAGCCAGUGAAAGAGGCUAUGGCAAAAUUCCGCAAGAAUCUGGAUGAGAUUGUCAACGCCAUCACUGAGCGCAACAAGAACAAAAAGCUUCCUUACUACUAUCUUUCCCCAGAUCACAUUCCCAACAGUGUUGCUGUUUGAGCAGAUACCCAGGAGAGUUUGGGGGGGUGUAAAGCUAAUGAUACUUUCCUGUUACAUAUGUCCCUUUUCAAUGAACUUUCAGAAAUGGAUAAAAUAAGACACCCACCCUCUCCAUCAGAGCUGACCCAUGGUCUAUUUGGACUUUAAAAACAAAUUUGAUUGUGACUGAUCUUGCAGACAAAGUCUACUUGACAACCCUCUAGGUUAACUUUAUUACAAGUUUAU